AUGAACGCAAAGGAGAUCUACGAUGCCGUCACGCAGCGCUAUAGUUCUCUCGGAACGAAUCCCCUGGGGGCCGGAUACGGCAGGUCUGUCGCGCAAGCCUUUGGGUACACAAAGGAAGACCUCGACAGCAUCCCCACGGAGUCGAACCUCGGCCUGAGCUGUGGUAACCCACUGGCGAUUGCUAGCUUGCGAGAGGGGGAGAUUGUUAUCGAUUUGGGAUCCGGAGCUGGCUUCGAUGUCUUUCUCGCUGCCAGGGCGAUUGGUCCGACUGGCCGUGCGGUCGGGGUAGACAUGAACAAGGCACGUUGUCAGAACAUUGUUGACGUGUACCAGGCGAGACUACUGACCCUAUCUCAGGAUAUGCUUGAACUAGCAGACAAGAACAAAAACAAGUCUGGAGCCAACAACGUAGACUUUAUCGAAGCCCGGAUCACAGACAUCCCGCUCGAUGAUGGCGUGGCAGACGUCAUCAUGUCCAACUGCGUCGUCAAUCUCGUUCCCGAAGAUGAGAAACAGCUCGUGUUUAACGAGAUGUUCCGCCUGCUGAAACCGGGCGGCCGAGUUGCUCUGUCCGACAUCUUAGCAAGAAAGCCACUGCCUGAGGGUUUACAGAAGUCUGUGGCCGCAUAUGUGGGCUGCAUUGCUGGUGCCAGCCUUGUCGCGCAGUACGAAGAGUAUCUAGGAAAGGCCGGAUUCUCUGAUGUCCUCAUCAAAGAUGCCCAGAAUGAUCUGAACGUCUACAUUGACGCCCUGCCGGAUGACUCGAAAGGUGAUACUGCCGAAAUCCAGACGGCGGACGCCGAUCUUGCAAAACUCGCUGCCGACCUGCAAGGUGUGGACCUGAAUGAAUGGGUUGGCUCUUUUAAGAUCUUUGCUGUAAAGAAUUGA